GCCCGCCUCUCUCCCGCGAGCCGGCCUGGAGGGGCGGCGGUGGCAGGUGCAAGUGCGGGCGCGGCGCGCGACGACUUGGCCCGGCCGCCCCUGCUCGGCAAGCGCGCUCCCCCAUCUCGGCACACGGGCUCGGAGAACCUCGGUGAACCUCGGUGGAGGCGGCGGCGGCGGGGGGCGCGGCGCCUCGGGGCGUCUGGGGCCGCUGGGGCGUCGGGCGGCGGCGGCUCCUCCCCCGCCCCCCGGACGCGGGCGCGUUACUCAUUAACUGCGCGGUCCCGAGCGCCCGCGGCUGUGAGCCGGAAUCCCGGUUACCUGUCGGGGGGGCGCGCGCGGCCGGGAGCUGGGGACCUGCGGUCGCGGAGGGGGUGGGGGUCUAAGAGUUCCCCGAACAAGUGUGCAGCCCCGCGCUGCGCGGGACCUGGAGCAGGGUGAAGCCGCCGUAGGCUUGGACCUGGGGUCGUAGAAAAGGACAAGCGAGGCUCGGUGCGGAGGCGUAGAGGUCACGCUCGGCGGGUUUCGGCGAAACCUGGGGGACCGGAGCGAGCGCCCGGAGUCGCGCGCCUUAGGGUGGCAGCGCAUUUCAGCCUGACUUUUGUUUCGGGGAGUUGAGAAGAGCUGCACCGACGUAAUUGUAAUUACACUGCCCUUUCAGCGUUGACAACUCUCUGACCGCCCUGGGACCAGCCGGCUCUAAUGGACUCUAGAAGUGAUGAUGUUAGGUGGAAUCUGCAGCACGUGAAGAGUUGCCAGUUGUUAUGGGAUUAAGAAAAAUCUGUAAUGGCUAAAGGGUUAUCUUAUGAUGAGGCUUUUGCUAUGGCUAAUGACCCCUUGGAAGGCUUCCAUGAAGUAAACCUUGCUUCACCUACUUCUCCAGACCUUCUUGGUGUGUAUGAAUCAGGAACUCAAGAGCAGACUACCUCACCAAGUGUCAUCUAUCGGCCACAUCCUUCAGCUCUGUGCUCUGCCCCUAUUCAGGCUAAUGCCUUAGAUGUUUCCGACCUUCCUACACAACCUGUGUAUUCAUCCCCCAGACGUUUAAAUUGUGCAGAAAUAUCUAGUAUCAGCAUCCAUGUUACAGAUCCAGCGCCUUGUUCUACCUCUGCAGUCACAGCUGGGUUAACUAAAUUAACUGCGAGAAAGGACAACUGUAAUGCAGAGAGGGAGUUUUUACAGGGUGCUACUAUACCAGAGGCUUGUGAUGGCAGUGACGAUAUAUUUGGGUUGAGUACUGAUAGUCUGUCCCGUUUACGAAGCCCAUCUGUUUUGGAAGUCAGAGAAAAGGGCUAUGAAAGAUUAAAAGAAGAACUUGCAAAAGCUCAGAGGGAACUGAAGUUAAAAGAUGAAGAGUGUGAGAGGCUUUCUAAAGUGCGAGAUCAACUCGGACAGGAACUGGAGGAGCUCACAGCCAGUCUGUUUGAGGAAGCUCAUAAGAUGGUGAGAGAAGCAAAUGUUAAGCAGGCAACAGCAGAAAAGCAGCUAAAGGAAGCACAAGGAAAAAUUGAUGUACUUCAAGCUGAAGUAGCUGCAUUGAAGACACUCGUAUUGUCCAGUUCUCCAACAUCACCCACACAAGAGCCUCUGCCAGGUGGAAAGACACCUUUUAAAAGGGGGCAUACAAGAAAUAAAAGUACAAGCAGCGCUAUGAGCGGCAGUCAUCAGGACCUCAGUGUGAUACAGCCAAUUGUAAAAGACUGCAAAGAGGGAAUCUCCAGUUCCAUUCUCUACUUGGCUGACCUUGGAGUACCUGCUAGAAACUUGGCUGACUUAUCUCUGUAUAAUGAAUUCAGAUCUUGGAAGGAUGAUCCCACAAUGGAUAGAUCGUGUCCUUUCUUAGACAAAAUUUAUCAGGAAGAUAUCUUUCCAUGUUUAACAUUCUCAAAAAGUGAGUUGGCUUCAGCCGUUCUGGAGGCUGUGGAAAACAAUACUCUAAGCAUUGAACCGGUGGGAUUACAACCUAUUCGAUUUGUGAAAGCUUCUGCAGUCGAAUGUGGAGGACCAAAAAAAUGUGCUCUAACUGGCCAGAGUAAGUCCUGUAAACACAGAAUUAAAUUAGGGGACUCAAGCAACUAUUACUAUAUUUCUCCCUUUUGCAGAUACAGGAUCACCUCUGUAUGUAACUUCUUUACAUACAUUCGAUAUAUUCAGCAGGGGCUUGUGAAACAGCAGGAUGUUGAUCAGAUGUUUUGGGAAGUUAUGCAGUUGAGAAAAGAGAUGUCAUUGGCAAAGCUGGGAUAUUUCAAAGAGGAACUCUGAUGCUCUCUGCCUGGGACCAUGCAUGAACCUCCCUGAAUACCUGGAAAAUGGCUGAAUAUUUUUAUGGUUACUUGAUAUUUAUUACCAAGGAGUGGGCCCAAGACUUUUUCCCUCUUUUGCAGAUUACACUAAGAAGUACUGUGAUUUCUUUUAAAUUGACCUAUGCUGUGUUUGCUUACUCUUUAGUUGAACACACUAUAGAGAAUUACAGGUGUACUAGUGAUUGUAAUUUAUAGUUGCCCAAAAAACAAAAAUAAAAGCUAAAUAAAUAAGUACAUAAAUGUUA